UUUCUGAUGGUAUAGCCAAGAAAAAAUAAUGAAGAGAAGAAAGAGAUGUAGGAAACACUACAGGAGGUCGCAGAAGAUAUUGCUGGUUGGAGAGGGUAACUUUUCGUUUUCUGCUAGUUUAGCUAGAGCGUUUCGCAUGGCUGUUAACAUGGUCGCUACUUCUUUGGAUUCUAAAGAUACGUUAUUGACAAAGUAUGGCCGCUCAUGUGAACAACAUUUGCAAGAGUUAAAGAAGAAAGGGUGGUUAGUGUUGCACGAAGUUGAUGUAAAUGAUAUGAACCAGCAUCCCACACUUAAAUACAUGAAAUUUGAUGUCAUCGUCUUUAACUUUCCUCACGCUGGUCAUUUUGGACUUCAAGAAACUCAAACUAUGCUCAAAGAGAUGCACAAGGAUCUGCUAAGAGCUUUCUUCAGAAGUGCUCGGGAAUUGCUCGAAAAAGGCGGUGAAGUGCACGUCGCGCACAGGGACGAUAGCCCUUACAACAAAUGGAAGAUAGAGGAGCUUGCUCGUGAGAAUGAUUUGGUUUUGAAGGAGAAAGUGGUGUUCAAAAAGGAAGAUUACCCAGGAUACGAGAACAAGAGGGGUAGUGAAACCAGGGCAAACGGAACAUUUCCUCUCAAAGAGUGCUUCACCUUCAAGUUCUGUCUUGAAACUGAUAAUAAUGAUUAAUAUGCUUGGAAUUGAUUUAAUUUCGGACGACAUAUGAGAGUUUGGAUUAGUACAAAGAUAUCGACCAUAUUGCAUUGUGCGAUUGUUGGGAGCAGAGAGAGAAAGAGAGAGAGAUCAUGUUGACUAUUCCAAUUCAAUGGUGUUGCAAUUUACGUGUGUUGGGCUUAUGUGGGCAAAUUCUUUUUAGCAAAUAUUUUUUAUUGUCCUAAAAAUUAAAGUGUUAAUCUGCUCGGCAUAGUUCAAUGUUCGAUUUAAAUAGUAAGCAUGUGAUAUGCUAUGAAAUUAAUACUAUAUUUUUUAA